CCAUUAUAUUUUUUAAAUUAGUUUUUUUUCGCAGUUUCUGGUGUUUGUUUAAGUAUAACGAUUAAGGAUUAAAAUAUGGCAUCGCUAGAUAAAAUACCUGAAGCCGAUAUGGUAUCCGUGGCACCGAAAUCUCGAGCCGAGCGUCGUGCAGUUUUGGGAUUUGUGCCACGCAUCGGCCUACCAAUUGUUGACUAUGCUGAUGUGGAACGGAUUGACACGUUCUAUUUGGAAUGCCAGAGCUAUCGCGAUUACUAUCGUGAUCCAUACGAUAGGGUUCACAAGCCACUAAAAUUCACGAAACACCUAGGCAGAUGUGGAGUCAAAGUGGAUCACAGUGUUGAGGAACUUCGACAGCCGAUUCGUUGGGUCGAAAAGCGUUUGCCUUAUAUCGAUGCAAUCGAUUACAAGUCGCACAUGAAUCUGGGCGUUGACACAAGUAUAAUACUAAGGGGUCGAUAUAACAAAGACAGUUGCAUACACUACAAACGUUAAUUGGAGCACAACUCAUUAUAUUAUCAUCCAUUCGAAAAGGAGCGUCUUUUUCUUACGUUCAUACAACAUCUAAAAAUUGUGCAUACGAGGUUUAGGCGUUAUAUGAACGUCAGCUAUAAGAAUGCAGUAAUUAAAUUAUAAAUAAAAAAAAUAUAUUUAUAGAAA